AUGGCCCUAGAAUCGAAUACGCAAAAUCUCCGCGAACUCAUUCGAAAACGCGCGACAAUUAAGUCUAAAUUAACGUCCUUCGCGAAAUUCUUAGAUACAUGUCGCGAAUUAGACACAAUUCCGCUUAGUGAAUUAAAGCUUCGUACUGCGCGUCUCGAGAAAGAAUUCGACACAUUUGAUACGAUUCAAAGUGCGUUAGAAUCGGCAGCUUCUGACGACGAAUACGAGAUUCGACUAAACGAACGUACCGAUUUCGAGGAUCACUAUUACGGGAUCUCAGCCGUCGCGAAAGACAUAAUCGAAAAACACGACAAAAGCAAUAAUCAAAUAGACGGUUUGCCGCAAGCCCUACAACCUUCUGGUUCGACUGAGGCAGCCAACUUGCAAUCGCCGCUGACAAUUUUAUCAGAAUCACAAAUUAAGCUACCGACAAUGCAUUUACCAAAGUUCAGCGGAACAUAUGAAGCAUGGCCCGGCUUCGCGGACGCGUUUAGAUCAGCUGUCCACGAAAAUCCAAGCUUCCGCGACGCGCAAAAACUCAUUUACCUAAAAUCUUGCUUAACGGGAAAAGCGGCGGAAAAGGUCGAAUCGUUGGAGACCACCGCAGCAAAUUAUUCAGUAGCGUGGGAUAUCUUAGACAAAUACUACAAUGAUCCGAGCGUAGUCAUUAAUAACCGCGUCCAAGCAUUUUUUGAUUUGCCGUCAUGUUCGCGAUAUAAUCCCACUGCUUUGGGUGAAUUAACUGACACGGCCAUGAAGCACUAUAAUGCGCUGAAGGCACUCAACAAGCCGUUUUUAGAAGCUUUCCCCAUUUAUGCAAUUACAAGUAAAUUAGACGAUCAAACGCGAUUACGGUGGAAGGAAAAAACACAGGGAACCGAUCUUCCGACGAUGGAAGAAUUACUAGAAUUUCUGCAUAACAGGCGUAGGGUUUUAGAAACUACUAGGGUAGAACCCGCGAAACAACUAACAACACGAAUUAAUAACACGACUCCAACAACACGAAUUAACAACAUGACUCCAACAACACGUACACGACCAGGUCCCGUUACUAGAAAUCGAGGAUCACCAAACAAUAUCGUACCAGCUCACGCGUAUCCUGUACAACAAGCGCGUUGUUAUCUAUGUAAGGCAAAUCAUUUUACACAGUAUUGCCAGAAACUAACAGCCGCGAACGUGGACGAACGAACGACAAUGAUUCGAAAAGCUGGCUUAUGCAUCAAUUGCUUAAGACCAAACCACGAAAUCAAAGACUGUAUUGCUGGAUGCUGCAAGCAGUGCAAUGGAAAGCAUCAUACACUGCUGCACAAAGAGCAAAAACCG